AAUAAACAGCUUCAAUCAAAUAUUAAUAAUAUGUUAGCUCAGAUGAUACAAACUAAUAACCAAACUAGCAAUGAAACUAGUACUACAGAACUAAGCAGUAGCUCUAUACUAGCAAAAUAUAAAAUAUCAUUACAACAGCUACAAAAACUAGCUAACUCAGCAUUCACUAACAAACAAGUAAAAAGAGACUGA